AUGGCGCCGGACAACCGAAUCGGAGGGCAUUAUUCUGGCAGGUUUGGGUGGAUUGUUUGGUUUGUCGUGUUGUUCGUCCUCGCAUAUAAUGGAGAUGCCUCUGAUGUGAGACAGGAUGCGGAAGGCUCGUACUCCGGCGACGCCAACUCUUCUUCCGAUUAUGAGUCUGGCAAGAGGUCAACCGCCCCACCCCCAGGCAAUAGGGAGAAAGGAGAUUACGCUAAUGAAGAAGGCAAGGAGAUGUAUCUCAAUUACUCAGCGGCAAGUGGUACAGACUUUUUAAGGAUGUUGAAGCCAGCGGGAGCUGCUUCUAAAGAUUUUCUCAGCGUGUAUAUGCAGAAGGAGUUGCAGAACCUUGAGCGGGUGAACAGUCAAGAAGACAAGAAGGCCUGGCCAGUCAUCGUCUUCGAGAAUGACUAUGUCGUGUGUUCUUGCCUAGCCAUCUACGACAAAAAUGCAAACACUCUUGUAUACGAUCGGCUUCUGAUGCAUCCGGAUACUGUAGACAAGGCGAGGGCGCUGGAGACACUCGUCAAUGAGAUGGUACAGCCCCCCGUGUUCUGCAGGACACAGAGUGUUACUGUAAAUGUUUCUCCUAAAAAUGGACUGCUGAUAGACGCACUGGCCAAGACUGGAUUCUGUCUGAAGCGCUACAGGAAGGGUUCAAAAGAAGGAGGAAUGGGAAUAUACGAAUGGUCCAUGGAUAUGCCGUUUGCAGGGAGUUAUCACGAACAUCGGGAACGGCAAAUUCUCACGAUGGCGGAUCACGUAUAUACUUUUCGCGAAAAGGUUCGGACGCCUGGGUGGUCGUAUUAUGUCUCAGAUUUGGAGGCUGAAGCAUUCGACCAGGUGCAAGUCAAGAUGGCUUCGACUUUGUCAAAUGUGGAGGCGCUCCGCGCAUCGGAGGUUGUCCUCGAAAAAGCGAAGGACCUUCGGGACGGGGGUGGCAUUCUCAGUGCGAAGUACCCCCGCAGUUUUGAGCUCGUUGCUGUCGGUAAACAGCGUGGAACGGUUUUCGGGGUUCUGAAUGCACACAUAACUCAGGGAGAAGUUUGCAUGAUCGAUUUCAUGGGAGCCAGUGCCCCAAUAGAAGACUAUGUUAAAGCACUGCUGCUGACAGCAACACUGCGUACUUUGGAAGACCAGAAUUUGAAAGAGGUCGUACUGAAAGCCGUACCGGUGGAGGAUGUCGGCACAGUUGGCCUUGCAGCAGAGUUGGGUUUUGUUAUUAAAGCGAAUUCCAAGGAUUCACUGAUGAUGGUCAGAGAUGCAUCUAUCCCUGCACCAGUGAUAGACUACGCCGCCUUACCUCGCUUGUACCGCGCGCAGAUGGAUGUCCUCCAAGCUUAUGAUAGUCGUCGGCGACACCGUAUUAAAGAGGACAAUCUGUUCGCUGCUGAACUAGCUCGGCUUCUAACCGAUGAGAUGCCCUGGUUCAUCAAGAAGAAGACACAGAGUCUGCUCCUGCAUACGGGCGCAGUCUUGCUUGCUUUCGGGCUUUUUGUGAUAGCGCGUUCCCUGCACCAAGCAAGGGAAAGAGAGAGAAAGAGGCACCUGCGAUACGUGCAUAUACCAGUAGAUUCCCUACAAGAAGGCGAGGGAGAGUCGGCUGUGGCCGUGGCAGGAGAAAACGGAGCAGAGUUGGCCGCUGCCAACCAUUCCACGGUGAACGUUUAG